CUGGUACUCCAACCUUGGAAGAAGAGUUCUUCCUUCUCUUAGUCCCAUUUGCCUAAAUCCUGGAAUCGAAAGGGUUGAACAGUGGGGACCGGAAGUGUGCGCAGCAGCAGCGGGUCCCCAGCAAAUCACCGGAAGUAGCACUUGCUAGAGGAGGAUUCCGCCGACUUCGUUAUGGCAGCCAUUCCCCCAGACUCCUGGCAGCCGCCCAACGUUUACUUGGAGACCAGCAUGGGAAUCAUUGUACUGGAGCUGUACUGGAAGCAUGCUCCCAAGACCUGUAAGAACUUUGCUGAGCUGGCUCGUCGAGGUUACUACAAUGGCACCAAAUUCCAUAGAAUCAUCAAAGAUUUCAUGAUCCAGGGUGGUGACCCAACAGGGACAGGUCGAGGUGGUGCAUCUAUCUAUGGCAAACAGUUUGAAGAUGAACUUCACCCAGACCUGAAGUUCACUGGGGCUGGAAUUCUCGCAAUGGCCAAUGCAGGGCCAGACACCAAUGGCAGCCAGUUCUUCGUGACCCUUGCCCCGACCCAGUGGCUCGAUGGCAAACACACCAUUUUUGGCCGAGUGUGCCAGGGCAUAGGAAUGGUGAAUCGAGUGGGGAUGGUGGAAACAAACUCCCAGGACCGCCCUGUGGACGAUGUGAAGAUCAUUAAGGCAUACCCUUCUGGGUAGACUUGCCGCCCUCGUGGGUGUGCCCAGGUCUUCUGCAGGGGCCUCAGCAAACCAGCUUCCAGAUGACCAAGAGUGACAUGUAACAACUUCAUUUUGGCCUUGAAUCUGUUGGCUCUAAGGGAGCUUGGGGUCUUGGGUGAGUUAGAGAUGGAAGUGUACUUUAACAGGAUGCUUCUCUUUUCUUUGCCUAGUGCCUAGGCUGACAGGGCAUUUGCAGAAAUGCCUGUAUAUGUUUAUUUACAGGUUACUGCCCACUGUGGAUGACCCAUAUUUCUCCUUGCUGUGCAUGUCUGCUCUGAUACACUUGGAACAAAGUGAAGCAGGCUGUGUCAUCUUACAGAGCCUAAACAAACUUGUUCCUGGAGAGAUUUAUAUUCUGGCCUACACUGCAGUCUCUGGUAGCUGACAGCCACAGAAUUCAAAACCAAGUAGUGUCUAUCAGCCUCGUUAACUCUGCACACCCCAUCUUAGUCUCCUAAGUCUCCCUGUUCUUCCAGGGAACGUGUAUGUCUCUAUAUUUUCCCUCUCAAAACCAGAACAUCAACACUGCUGUUUCUGAUGCUUAAACAUCCCACACAAAGCCACAUUGAAUUUUUGCCAAAUGAAAAAUGCAUCCAACAAUCAAGUUUCUAAAAAGGUGCCAAGCGAGGAAUGAUAAUGUUUAAUAAUUGAGAAAGGAAUUUAUUAGAAGGAAGCAGAGGCAUUGACCAUUUUCCCCCAGAAGAAGUCUGUAGUGAGCACAAGGAUAGACUGCAUUCUCCUUCAGAGCUGCGCUCUCAAGGAAAAGUACCACCUAAGUUUUUUAAUCUAAGACGUUAGAGAAAUCAGAUGAGAGAUUUUUGUACAUUAAAAAAAAAAAAAACUUUCUGGGUUUAGGGGAGGAAUAGGGAUGAGAGGAAGUUAAUA